AUGGCAGCAGAAGACCUUGGGGCAGCAGAAGACCUUGGGGCAGCAGAAGACCUUGGGGCAGGAGAAGAUCUUGGGGCAGGAUAUCUUGGGACAGGAGAAGAUUUUGGGGCAGGAGAAGGCUCCAAGGUAGGAGAAGGCUCUGAGGCAGGAGAAGAUCUUGGGGCAGAAUUUCUUGGGGCAGGAGAAGAUCUUGGGGAAGGAGAAGGCUCAAAGAUAGAAGGCUCCAAUAUAGGAGAAGACCAUGGGGCAGGAGAAGACCAUGGGGCAGGAGAGGCAGGUGAGACCCUGGAGGGGGACAGCAGAGCCCCAGAGGAGCCUGAGGAGCUGCAGAAAGGAGAGGAGGAGGAACAGGAGGAGCUGGAGCCAGGAGAGGAGCCCUGGGCACAGGAGGGUGACCAUGGCAGUGCCCAAGAGGACUGGCAGGUGACAGCAGGGGACACUGAGGGGCCAGGACAGCCAGCCUGGGCAGGUGACACCCUGAGCAGUGCAGGAAGGCUGGAAAGCGAGCAGAGAGGUGGCUCAGGGCCAGCAGAGCUGGAGGAGGCCCAGGAGGAUGAUGAAGGAGAUGCCAGGAGGCAGGAGAUGAGGCAGCAGCAGGCGCUGGCACAGGCUGAGCUGGCACAGCUGGGCAGCGUGGCACAGCCUGUGCCAACCCCUCCAGGUUCCCCUGGGCACAGCCAGGAGCUGGUAGAGGCUCCAGGGGAACCAGGGGAGCUGGGGCAGGUGCCAGGUGCCAGCACUGAGUGGGCACUGGAGGAGACCCCCAGAGACACAGAGCUGGCAGAGCUGGAGAGCUCAGAGCUGGUGGCACCAGCGCAGGUGCCAGGUGAGAACAGCAAGUGGGCAUUGGAGGAAGCCACCAGAGACCCAGAGCUGGCAGAGCUGGUGGCACUGGGGCAAGUGCCAGGUGACAGUGCUGAGUGGGCAUUAGAGGAGACCCCCAGAAACACACAACCCAUAGAGCUGGAGAGCUCAGAGCUGGUGGCACCAGGGCAGGUGCCAGGUGAGUGGGCAUUGGAGGAGGCCACCAGAGAUACAGAACCCACUGAGCUGGUGGCACCAGGGCAGGUGCCAGGUGACAGUGCUGAGUGGGCAUUGGAGGACACCCCCAGAGACACAGAACCCACAGAACCUGGGGAGCUGGGGCAGGUGCCAGGUGCCAGUGCUGAGUGGGCACUGGAGGAGGCCACCAGAGACACAGAACCCACAGAGCUGGUGGCACCAGGGCAGGUGCCAGGUGAGAAGAACGAGUGGGCAUUAGAGGAGACCCCCAGAGACACAGAACCCCCAGAACUGGAGAGCUCAGAGCAAGUGGCACUGGGGCAGGUGCCAGGUGAGUGGGCACUGGAGGAGACCCCAAGAACCCCAGAGCUGGCAGUGGGCACGGGCAGGAGGGUGGAGCUGGAGGACACCCUGCCUGACAGCACCCCCCUGCACCUCUACCAGGAGGAGAUGCUGAUGGGGACACCCAGCCCAGACCCUCCAGAGAGCGAGGACACCACGGGGACAGCUCCUGUGUGUGCCACAGCCCAGCAGGGCCAAGGGAGGGACCAGCCACCAACUGCCAGCGUGCCACAAGAGGAGGCAGAGGAGGCUGAAGAAGAGGAAGGUUAUUUCAUGGUCUCUGCUCCCAGCCAAGAGGUGUCUAGCUCAGAGGAUGCCGAGAUCCCUGAGGACUUUGAAGAAAUUCAAGUGGACGCAGCUGAAGGCGGCCAAGAUGGUCUGGGGGCUCCUGGGGAAGCGUCUGCAGGGCCAGAGGAGGGCACAGAGCACCUGGAGGUGCUGGCUGCAGGAGCAGAUGAGGGUAUGGAGGUGCCCACUGAGGUGCCAGAGGAUGAGGAGGGCACUGCUGAGCUGGAGGAAGGCCCAGAAGAAGACCCCAGCUGCCUUGGGGUGGUGGAGCCAUCAUCAGGAGGUUCUGGUGAGCCAGCCCAGGGUGCCACAGCUUGGGAGGGACCAGAGCACCCAGAAGAUCCAGAUGAGGAGCUCCACAGCACAGCUGAGCUGGAGGAAGGCCCAGAAGAAGAUCCAAACUGUCUGGGGGUGGUGGAGCCAUCAUCAGGAGGUUCUGGUGAGCCAGCCCAGGGUGCCACAGGCUCUGCAGAAGAGCACCCAGAAGAUCUGGCUGCUGAUCUAGAUGAUGGUGUGGAGGUGCCCACUGAGGAACCUGAGGUGGCAGAGGAUGAGGAGGUCACUGCUGAGCUGGAGGAAGGCCCAGAAGAAGACUCCAGCUCUAUGGGGGUGAUGGAACCAUCAUCAGGAGGUUCUGGUGAGCCAGCCCAGGGUGCCACAGGCUCUGCAGAAGAGCACCCAGAAGAUCUGGCUGCUGAAGCAGAUAUGGAGGUGCCCACUGAGGAACCUGAGGUGCCAAAUGAUGAAGAGGACACUGCUGAGCUGGAAGAAGGCCCAGAAGAAGAUCCAAACUGUCUGGAGGUGGUGGAACCAUCAGCAGGAGGUUCUGGUGAGCCAACCCAGGGUGCCACAGGCUCUGCAGCUUGGGAGCGACCAGAGCACCCAGAGGAUCCAGAUGAGGAGCUCCACAGCACAGCUGAGCUGGAGGGGGAUGCCAGGACCCUGGGGCUGGCGGGGCAGGAGGAGGAGGAGGAGGAAGAUGAGGAUGAGCCCAGCAUGGCUCCCCAUGAACCAACCAAGGCCACAGCAGAGCUCCAGGCCCAGGCAGGGCCUGAUGGAGCAGAGCAGCCCCUGGAAGAGCAGCUAGGGAUGGAGGAGGGAGCCCUGGGCAGUGAGAGCCUGGGGCAGGGAGGUUCUCCAGAGGUGACCCCAGACAUCCCUGACACAGCCGAGCUGCCCGUGGAGAUCAUGAAAGCCUCGGGGAUUCUGGAAAUAGUUGAGCAGGCGCUGGAGUUCAACCAGGAGCUGAUGGGGGCGAGGGUGGCAGAGGCUGGGCAGGGUCCUGGCACGAGAGAGCUGUCCUGGGAUGGAGGAGAACACCCUGAACUCUCCCAGGAUGGAGGGGAACGCUCUGAGCUCUCCCGGGAUGCAGAGGAACACCCUGAGGUGUCCUGGGAUGGAGAGGAACACUCCGAGCUCCCCCAGGAUGCCCAGGAAGGCUCUGAGGUCUACCAGGGUGAAGGCGAACACCCCGAGCUGUCUCUGGAUGCCCAGGAAUGCUCUCAGCUCUCCCGGGAUGCAGAGGAAGGCUCCAAACUCUCCCGGGAUGCAGAGGAAGGCUCUGAUCUGUCCCAGGAUGCAGAGGAAGGCUCAGAGUUCUCCCAGGAUGCAGGAGAACACUCUCAGCUCUCCCAGGUUGCAGAGGAACACCCCGAGCUCCACUGGGAUGCAGAGGAAGACUCCAAACUCUCUCAAAAUGCAGAGGAAGGCCCCGAGCCGUCCCGGGAUGCAGAAGAACACUCUCAGCUCUCCCGGGAUGCAGAAGAACACCCCGAGCUCUCCCAGGAUGCAGAAGAACACUCUCAGCUCUCCCGGGAUGCAGAAGAACACCCCGAGCUCUCCCAGGAUGCAGAAGAACACUCUCAGCUCUCCCGGGAUGCAGAAGAACACCCCGAGCUCUCCCAGGAUGCAGAAGUACACUCUCAGCUCUCCCGGGAUGCAGACGAAGAUCCCGAGCUGUCCCGAGAUGAAGAGGAAGGCUCAGAGCUGUCCCGGGAUGCAGGAAAACACCCCGAGCUGUCCUGGGAUGCAGAAGAAGACUCCAAACUCUCCCGAGAUGCAGAGGAACACCCCGAGCUCCCCCAGGAUGCAGAGGAACGCCCCGAGCUCCCCAGGGAUGCAGAGGAAGACCCCGAGAUCUCCCAGGAUGCAGAGGAAGGCUCCUCCCUGUCCUCCUCCAGCGAGGAGGAGCCCACGGUGCAGGAGGCCCCGGAGGUGAUGCAGGAGGGUGAGCUCCGGGCUCAGAACGGGCUGCACCGCCCGCACAGCCUGGAGGAGCUGCCCGAAUUCACCGAGGAGCUGCUGAACGGCACCUCCAGCACGGCCCCGGCACAGGAAACCCUCUCAGAGCCCUCGGGGGUGCUGCCAGCACAGAUCCCCAGCCCUGGGGAUGGCACUGCCACCAGGCUGGGGGAUGGCACUGCCACCAGGCUGGGGGAUGGCAGCCUCAGGGGGAAGCAGCUGAGCCCCGUGUCCCCUGCUCUGGGUGAGGAGGAUGUCCUGAGCCCCACAGCCCAGCGGCAGCCCUGCUCCUCAGGGGACGAGUGACAGAACCUUCUGGUGGCUCCUUCCUGCCAGAACCCCAUUGUUCCCCCUUAUCCCACCCCGUCCUGAUGCUUCCACAUCUUCCCGUGGGUUUUUACAUGUUUGUGUGGAUUUUUUGCACCCCUUUUCAGAGUGAAGAACCACCAAGUUCUGUUGCACCCCUCACAGCCCACCCAAAUUCUCAUGUUUGCUCUGGGAUCCCCUCUUCAUUUUGAGUUUCCUCCUGGGUGGGUUGCCUGGAGGAACCCACCUGGUAUUUAAUUUAAACUCAGUGGUUCCCCAUUCCCUACAAGAUUUCCUCUCCAAUUCCUCCAGGACGUCCAGCUGGACCUUAGGGACUCCCCCAAACUGCACCCUGGGAUUCAGCAUUUUGGGCUACAUCACCCCAGGCUGACCCUGGGUAUUUAACAUGUUUGUGUGGAUUUUUUGCACCCCUUUUCAGAGUGAAGAACCACCAAGUUCUGUUGCACCCCUCAGAGCCCACCCAAAUUCUCAUAUUUGCUCUGGGACCCCCUCUUCAUUUCCAGUUUCCUCCUGGGUGGGUUGCUCUGCUGUAUUUAAUUUAAACUCUGUGUUUCCUCAUUCCCGGCAAGAUUCCCUCUCCAAUUCCUCCAGGAUGUCCAGCUGGAGGUUAGGGCCCCCCCCCAAACUGCACCCUGGGACUCGGCAUUUUGAGGUACAUCACCCCAGGCUCCCCAGCCUGACCCUGGGGACUGAGCCACGCUGGAUGUACCCAAAAUUAAUUUAAUAAAGCCUCAUCCUCCCCUCA